AUGUCGUUGCCGACCACCCUCGCCCAACGCAUCGACAGCGAACAACAGGCCCAGCAGUUCGUCCAGCGGCACCCGCUGGCGAUCUUUAUCGCCGACGCCGGCACCGCCUACGGGAUCGUCGACCCGGCCAAGCUUGUCGAGUUCAACCGCCAGCACGGGGUGGCCUCGGAUGAGGUCUCCGAACUUGUCGCCAAGGAGAAGGAGGUGUUGGAACAGUUGCUCAAGUAA